AGAGAGAGAGAGAGCGAGCGCGCGAGCGAGUGGGGGGCGCACCCCUCGCCCCUCCGGUGGGAAAGGGGCGGAGCCUGCGCGGCCGGGGCGUGUGUUGCGUGAGUCCACCGAGCCCAGCCCCGGGCGAGCCGUCCACCUGCAGCCAUUUGCCGCCGCCUCACCACCGGCCGAGGCCGCAACACCUCGCUCGCGGAGAGAAGACGCACCCCGUGGACGGCGACGUCGGCUCCGAAGGCGGGAUGGAGGAGGAGGAGGCUGAAACAAAUAACCAGCAAGAAACAUUGCAGAGAAGGAAGAAUGCAAUCUUAGUGGAUGGUGUAAUUUUAAAUGGUCCAGUUGCAGACUCGGAAGCAGGAGAGAAGUUUGUGGAAGAGGCCACUAAGAUCAUUAUGGAGGAAGUGAUAAAGAAAGCUGCUGAUGUAACAGAAAAGGUAUGUGAAUGGCAGCCUCCUGAGAAGCUGAAAGCUCUUCUUGAUUUGGAAUUGAAAGACACUGGAGAGAGCCAUCAGAAACUCUUGCAGUUCUGUCGGGAUGUUAUAAAAUUCAGUGUCAAAACCAAUCAUCCAAGAUUUUUCAAUCAGUUGUAUGCUGGAAUUGAUUAUUAUUCUUUAGCAGCACGUUUCAUUACAGAAGCAUUAAACCCAAGCGUGUACACCUAUGAAGUGUCCCCAGUUUUUUUGCUAGUGGAAGAAGCAGUCCUAAAGAAGAUGAUUGAAUUUAUUGGCUGGGAAGAAGGUGAUGGUAUAUUUAAUCCAGGCGGCUCUGUUUCCAACAUGUAUGCAAUGAACUUGGCCAGAUACAAAUACUGCCCUGACAUAAAGGAACAGGGGCUUUCAGGGAUGCCUCGACUGGUUGUGUUGACAUCUGAUGAGUGUCAUUACUCUGUGAAGAAGGCAGCAUCGUUUUUGGGAAUUGGCACACAAAAUGUGUAUUUCAUCAAAAGUGAUGAAAGAGGUAAGAUGAUACCUGAGGAACUGGAGAAACAAGUCCUGCGGGCCAGGAAAGAGGGUUCAGCACCAUUUUUUGUCAGCGCUACAGCUGGCACCACAGUUUUGGGAGCAUUUGAUCCUUUGGAUGAAAUUGCCGACAUCUGUGAAAGAUAUGGCCUUUGGCUGCAUGUUGAUGCAUCAUGGGGAGGCUCGGCAUUGCUAAGCAGGAAGCACUGUAAGCUUCUACAUGGCAUCCACAGGGCCAACUCUGUUGCAUGGAAUCCUCAUAAGAUGCUUAUGGCAGGGAUCCAGUGCUGUGCCCUUCUGGUGAAAGACAGUUCAGGCUUGCUUAAGAGAUGCUACUCUGCCAAUGCUUCAUACCUGUUCCAACAAGACAAGUUCUAUGAUGUCAGCUAUGACACAGGUGACAAAUCUAUCCAGUGCAGCAGAAGAGCAGAUGCCUUCAAAUUCUGGAUGACAUGGAAGGCACUGGGGACGACUGGCCUUGAGGAAAGAGUAAACAGAGCCCUUGCAUUAGCCAGAUACUUAGUGGAUGAAAUCAAGAAGAGAGAAGGCUUCCAGUUGCUGUUGGAGCCAGAGUAUGCGAACAUUUGCUUCUGGUACAUUCCACCUAGUCUGAGAAAUAUGGAAGAAGGACACGAAUACUGGGAAAAGCUCCAUCAUGUUGCCCCUGCUAUUAAAGAGAGGAUGAUGAAAAAAGGCAGCAUGAUGUUGGGGUACCAGCCACAUCGUGGCAAAGCGAAUUUCUUCCGCCAGGUUAUUAUCAGCCCUAAGGUGAGCCGUGAAGAUAUGGAUUUCCUGCUUGAUGAGAUCAACUCACUUGGGAAAGAUUUAUAGUUGAUGUUCCACAACAUUUGUCUCUCCGUGUGUGUGCGUGUGCGUGUGCGUGUGUGUAGAGUUUCAAGAUUAAGAAUGUCUAUGGCAGGACGGUGCUAGCCUUGGGACUGAUGGGACAGUACUAUGAAUGCAAGAGUUUUGCUGACUGAAAUGCUAAUUAGUAAAUGAAAUGUUGACCUGACCAGUUGUACAUGUUGAGUUGCAGAUGUAUUUCCAUCUACUGGGUUCCCUUUUACCUGAAACAUUAUUUUCUGUAGAAGUCAAAAUAUUGAAAUUUGUGCUUCCUCUCUUCUCUGAUGUUUUGAAAAAAUAAUUGUAUAUUGUUUCUGAAUCACAGUUCAUAUCUCUAUUGCUCAAAUGUCAGUAAAGUAUUUCUGAAGUAUUUUAGAUGCAUAUUAAAGACAAAGAAAAUUUAGAGAUAUAUAUGUAUCUUUAAAUAUAUGGAUGGGUGGAUGGGUGGAUGCAUUGAUGGGUGGCUAGUGUGUGUCUCCUGGAGCUGUAUUUUUUUAUGCUGUGUGGCUAUUUAAAGUAAGGGUUACUAUAUUGAUUAACCCACUGGUGUGUUUUUUAAUGAUGUCAUCUGAGCAGAAUGUAAUUUGGGAAAAUACUAAAGAUAAGAUAAAUUCAUUUUGAAAUGUGCUCAUGAUUUUCAAAUAGAGACGUAGUCGGAAAGCUGCAAAGACCCAUAUUGGUUUCUUUCCCCCAUUGAAUUAAUUUACUGCUAUAUGUUUUAACAAACUCAUGAUCAUUUUUGCAUCACUGUUGGACUUCCAACUGUGUUUGCAAAGCUGAAUUUGGAGGUUACAUUCAUAGUGUGGUGUAAUUAAUUUAUUAGAGAUUUGUUUUACUUGCUGCUAUCAGUUCUGUAUGACAUAAAAUGUAUUUAUAGCGUAUAACAGAAUUUUCCAGCUUCAGCACUGUGGUAGUACCUUUUUAGUAGCAUAUUCAAGUCUGAUGAACAACAAACCCCUGGGUUUUUCAUUGACUAUUUUAAUUAAAAGUAAUUGAUAACUCUUCAGAAUAAAUUCAGUCUCUUAAAAAACA